AUGGACCACCACGCCCACAUGAAUCACGGUGAUAUGGAUCAUGGCGAUAUGGACCAUGGAGGUCAUGGAGGCAUGGAAGAUAUGUGCAACAUGAACAUGCUGUUCACUUGGGACACCACCAACCUCUGCAUCGUCUUCCGCCAAUGGCACGUCCGCUCUACAGCAUCCCUCAUCUUCUCCCUCCUUGCCGUAGUCCUCAUCGGCAUCGGCUACGAAGCCAUCCGCGCCUUCUCCCGCCGCUAUGAGCUCGCCUCAUCCAAGCGCGUCGAAUCCCUACCGAGACAAACCCAGGCCCAGCUCUCCCAGCGGACGCACGUCAUCAAGGGUGCCCUGUAUGCGCUCCAGAACUUUUACGCAUUUAUGCUCAUGCUCCUGUUCAUGACGUACAACGGCUGGGUCAUGAUUGCUGUUACCCUGGGCGCGUUCUUUGGAUACCUCAUUUUUGGAAAGUCAUCUUCUGCGACCAAGGAGAACGCUUGCCACUAA